AGCUGCGUCUCGGAGACGCGCGGCUGCGUCAAACAUGACUCCCAACUAAUUAUAUCAUUAAAACGACGCGAGUGCGAUUAGAACGUUUCCCUCUAUUUUCUAUAUUAAUAUUGUGGAAGCAUCACGCACAGCGGAAAAGAACAUCAAGAUGGAUAUGUUAAUCAAAGAUGAGGAGUACAUAAACGCCAACGAUCCGUCCCUCCCAGACAUGAAUCGGGAGGUGCUCGAAGGUUCCAUAGAGGGAAUCGCCGACUUCUUCACCAACGCCGUAAUUCUGGUCACAGGAGGGACGGGAUUUGUCGGGAAGGCGUUGUUGGAGAAGCUGCUACGAAGCUGCCCUGGGAUUGACACAGUAUACGUGCUGAUGAGACCCAAACGAGGACUGAGUGUUGAGCAGAGGUAUAAGGAACUGAUUAAAAAUCAGGUAUUCGACCGUAUUAGGGCCAGAUAUCCACAACGUCUUGAAAAACUUCAUGCCCUAGCCGGGGACGUAUCUGCGCCACGUUUGGGGCUCACGGAUGCACAAGUGGCGCUAAUGGGGCGCGUGAACACAGUGUUUCAUUCAGCCGCCACUGUGCGCUUCACGGACCCUUUGAGGAACGCCGCUGCCUUGAACGUUAAAGGAACAGACACACUUAUGAAGCUUGCCAGGGAUCAUAUGCCAUUACUUAAGGCCGUGGUACAUGUGUCAACAGCGUAUAGUAAUGCACCACGCUCAGAAAUCGAUGAACGAGUUUAUGAACCUCCUUGCGACCCACAGGCUUUGCUGUCCUGUGCCGAACUCUUACCACCAGACACACUGGACCGACUUGCGCCUUCGCUACUCGGUGAACAUCCGAACCCGUACACCCUGACAAAAGCAGUAGCGGAGACCAUCGUUCAAGGCUACACAGACUUGCCUGUUUGCAUCGUUAGGCCUUCCAUAGUGACGGCUGCGUACCAGGAGCCAUAUCCAGGAUGGAUAGACAACGUGUAUGGAGUUACUGGUAUAAUAAUGGAGAUCUCUCGGGGUACCUACCGAUCUGGACUUUGUCGUGAGAGAUAUGUGGUGGAUCUGGUACCAGUAGAUGUACUGGUGAACUGCUGCAUACUUGCAGCUUGGAGACAGGCUGGGAAACGUGCUGGCAAAUGUCCUGUAUACAAUGUAACGUCAGGGUCGGUCGCGCCAUUGCAGUGGGGCAAUUUUACAAGGCUCUGUGUUCGCUGGGCGAGAGAGAAUCCAACCAAAUACGUCAUGUGGUACCCGAAUUUCUCGUUCACCGAGUCAAGAGCGCUAAACACUUUCUGGGAACUGACUUGUCACUUUUUACCAGCUUUCAUCUACGACCUUGUGUUACGAGCGCAAGGACGAAAACCCAUCAUGAUGAAGCUUGCACGUCGUUUUAAACUGGCAGCUGCAACAGGAGAAUACUUCGCCAAUAACGAAUGGCAUUUCGGCAUCGAAGAACUUACAGCUUUGCACAAAGAUGGCGCAUCUGCUCCAGACGGCGCUAUUUUCUCGGCUUGGCCUCAACAGUUCUCAUGGGAUUCCUAUGUUGGCGCGUAUAUGCUUGGAAUCCGACGAUUCAUAUUAAAGGACACCUUGGAAUCGCUGCCCGAAGCUCGUAGUAAACUCAACAAAUUGUAUUGGAUACACCGCGUGUGCCAAGCGGCUAGUGGAUACUACUUAUUCCGGUUACUGGCAUCCCGUUGGCCUCUCGCCAGCAGUUGGUACCACAGACAAUAGAAUGGUCCCUAAUUAGUUUAUCGUAUGUAAGAAAAAGGCACAGUUGUUUUUCUUACCGGAGAAGAAUCAUCUUUUCCCUCAAUUAUUAUCAGUGGUAUCGACAACUAGUAUUAUCUGUGGAUAUUUCCACCCGUUAUGCUUAAAGAGGCUAUAGCAGGGUUUUCUAGAAACCUUAGAUACAUAGACAGUCAUAUUCGACGGAAUAGAUAAUGUUGUUGUAUUAGAAGCAAUAUCUGAUCCAAUUCUAUCAUUUCAUUUCAAAAUCUAUGAACAAUUCUUGGUGUAGUUUUAUUUGCGUUUCAUAUAACCCUAUCAUUAUUAUGUAUCUAUUAUUAAAAGCCAAUUUGUAUAGUAAACUUUACAAAGCAAGCUGAUGUAAGAUUUUAAAUAAUGAUUUAUAGGUGAAAUUUUGCACUGACAGUGGUAAUAAAUGUUCACAUGAGAUGUUAUAUGUGUUUGUAUCGAAAUAUUUUAUCCGAUUGUAAAAUACAUUUUAAAUGCCUAAGGGUGUUACCACACCAAUCGAUCGAUCGUUAAUCGAUGUCAUCGAUCGACAUCGGUCGACGUUGAUCGAUUGGUUUGGUAGCUUUAAUUGAUCGACGGAUACCGGUCGACUAACCAUUCGAUCGAUUGCCAGACGAUGGCAUCGGUCGACGUAGACCGAUUGACCCCGGCUAUAUUCCAUCAGUGUUUUUCGAAAUGUAUUCACAAGAGGACGCGUUAUCGAUUGGUCUGGUAGAAACUAUCGAUCGACGUCGACUAAUCCAUUCUACCAUCGAUCGAUGGCAUCUAUCGACUAUCGAUCGAUUGGUGUGGUAACCUGAAAGGGGAUUCAAAGUCGAGACUUGGCGCUAAGUGUGACUCCAGUUUCUCAAAAGCAUAUUGGAUUUGACAUAGUUAUAGUUAUACGCUAAGAAUGGACUCUGAAUCGGAGAGUUGGGCUGUUCUAACGCAAUUUAUAUUACGGCUUGAAUUGAGUCGUGUAGUGUAAAAGUAAAUUAAUUCAUAUAUGCUUUAUUAAAGAGAAAAUGUCACACAUCUCUUGUUUAUCGUUUAUUAUUAGAUUAUUAUAAUUACGGUGUUAUAAUGUAAUUAAAAAAUUAAAUUAAA